GAGAAUUUUAUCUUAUGUCUCCUUCUGCUUUUGUUCUCUUCCUUUGGUGUUCUUCUUCUUUUGAGGAAUAAAAGGAGGAAAAAAAAAAGAAAAUAAACAAAAGAACAGAGUUGUAAUAUGGAGGGAAAUAUAAGUAACGUGAUCAAAUAUUGGAUUGAAGGAGAAAUUGAAACUUUUAUUAAGGUAUGGCUAUCAAUUUAUGCAUCACUAUGUUAUUGUUAUUUAGUUACUAAAAUUCUUCCAAAAGGUUUAUUUAGGCUCUUAUCUUUUCUCCCUAUGAUUUGUUUUUUCUUUUAUCUCCCUCUCAAAAUUAACUCUGUUCAUCUUUGUGGUAAUACUGCUUUUUUCAUUUCUUGGCUUUGCAAUUUUAAGCUUCUUCUCCUUGCUUUUGACCAAGGUCCACUUUCUGAUUCUUCACUUUCUAUCACUAAAUUUAUCAUCCUUGCUUGCCUCCCCAUCAAGAUUCAGCAAAAAUCCCAAGAAAAAACUGAAUUUUAUGUGCAAAAUGGGGUUAAUAGAGGUAAACUUCAUCAAAAUGGCCAUUUUCGUAAAACCCCAUUAACAAAGUCAGCAGAAAAAGUUUGUGGUGCACAAACAAGAAAGGAUUUUGACAAAAAUGGCCAUUUUGAAGAAACCCCAUCAACAAAGUCAGCUGAAAAAGUUUCUGGUAUACAAACAAGAAAGUUUAACAAAAAUGGCCAUUUUCAAGAAACCCCAUCAACAAAGUCAGCUGAAAAAAUUGCUAGUGUACAAACAAGAAAGGAUUUGACAAAAAUGGCCAUUUUCAAGAAACACCAGCUCUCAACUCAACUGCUAGAACUGAAAAUAACCCUUUUCAAGAUGGUCAUUUUCCUGAAACCCCAUCUCAAAAAUCAGCUGAAAAAUGUACUGGUGUUCAAAAUAGGAUAUAGUCAUCAAAAUGGCCAUUUGCAAGAAAGGCCAUUUCUAUCUUCCGGAAAAUCCAAGUCAGUUCUGAAUUAUGGCGUAAAGGCACUUCUUUUCGCCUUAAUUAUUAGAGUGUAUGACUAUAGUGACUACAUACAUCCCUAUAUCAUUUUGGUUAUUUAUUGCUUCCACAUAUACCUUUGCUUAGAAAUCAUUCUAGCCAUUGUUUCGGGCUUGGCCCGUGGGCUUCUCGGGCUCGAGCUCGAACCACAGUUCAAUGAACCAUAUCUAUCUACCUCAUUACAAGAUUUUUGGGGCCGGCGUUGGAAUCUCAUUGUCACUCGUAUCCUUCGCCCCACGGUAUACAAUCCAACUCUAAGCCUCUCCACAAACAUUUUGGGCCGGAAGUGGGCCCCACUUCCCGCCGUGAUGGCAACGUUCGUUGUGUCGGGCCUAAUGCACGAGCUGAUAUUUUACUAUUUGGGCCGGGUUAAGCCCACUUGGGAAAUCACCUGGUUCUUUUUGCUACAUGGGGUCUGUUUAAACAUUGAGAUUUGUGUUAAAAAGGCGAUUAAUGGCGAGUUUAAGCUGCCAAAGAUUAUCGGGACGAUCUGGACCGUUGGAUUUAACAUUUUUGAGAUAAUCCCUCAACACAAAUUCACUUACAUUUCAUGUAUUGUGUUAUGUGUAAAAAAAUGCAAAAAAUGUUAUGCUUGAGAUUCAAACUACAA